AUAACAAAUAUAAUGCAUUCAUCCACUCUCUUAUUGGUAGCUAUUGCUAGCUUAAUGGUCAGCUUCACUUCUGCAAAGGGAACCUCUAGAGGAAACGAUGUUCAUGUCAAUGGUAUUCCUCAAGGCAGCGGAGCUGUAUAUGUCAGCAAGAGAAAGUUGAAUAAGAGAAAGACAACUUCUAGCAAUGAUUACUAUGCUGAACCAGCUGGAUCUCAGGGCUCUCCCGUUGGUCUCGAUACUGUUACUGGUCUUCUUGGAGGUGUUUCAGGCGGCGGCGCUGGUGGCCUUGCUGGAGGCUUGAUCUAACUUUUAAUAACAAAAUUCUCAUAAUUCAUUCUUAAUAAUAAAGAUAUAUCUCAAACGAUUGCAC